AUGGUACGCUACUUUAAAAACAAGUACAAGUACUGGGAAUCAAAUGGUGUGCCAUACGACAAACCAACUUUGUUCUUCGGCAGCUUCUUGCGCUUCUUUUUCGAAAGAGAUAACUUGAAGAAGUACCUGGAGCGCACCGGAAAGAAAUAUGAUUCACCUUAUUUUGGAUUCUUUAUAUUUACCAAGCCGAUACUGGUAAUCCAGGAUAUUGAGAUAGCGAAAAGGAUCUUGAUUAAAGAUUUCGUGUCGUUUCCAAACAAGCUAUUUUUUCCUAGCAAAAAUUACGAUCCAAUAUUUAAUAAUUCAUUAAUAAACUUAAGAGGAGAAGAAUGGAGGUAUAUGAGACGCAAGCUUAGUCCAGUGUUUACAACUGGCAAGAUAAAGACCAUGUUGAAGAUAAUUGAUGAGUGUUCAGAUCGGUUAAUGAGGUAUUUGGCGAACAUUCCAGAUGGUGAUCUGGAGGUUACUGAGGUAGCCUCCCGGUUUGCAGCGGAUGCGGUCUCCUUAUGUAUGUUUGGUGCAAAAUGCGAUUGUUAUCAAAAACAAGUACACCCAUUUCAACAUUACGGCCAAAAUAUACUUACCAAAGGAACUAUUGGUGUCAUCAAAAAUGCCGCGUAUAUAUUCGCACAUUUUGCGGUUAAGAUUUUUAGAUUCAGUUACUUAAAUCCCGAGGCAGUAAAAUAUUUUCGAGGAGUUUUUUCAGAUAUUUUCAAUAAACGCAAGGGGCAGUCUGUUAAGCACAAUGAUUUGGUCGACAUUUUGCUGGGUUUGAAGCGAAAUGAUGGUUUUAAUAGCAGUUUCGUGCUCGACGACACCCAACUAGUUGCAGAAGCGAUUGCAUUUUCCUUGGCGGGACAAGAAACGACAUCCUCUGUGCUUUCCUUUACGCUCCACGAGUUAAGUCUAAACAACAAAAUACAAGAUCGAUUGAGACAAGAAAUUGUUGAAAUAAGUAAUAGAUAUGGAAAUAUCACUUCUCAGGCAUUGCGAGAAAUGAACUACUUAAGGAUGGUUGUUAAUGAAACACUACGGAAGUACCCUAUCACAACUUUUAUUCAACGGGAGGCACAUGAUGACUACACAAUUCCUGAAACCGGACUCCAUUUGGAACGGGGAACGAGUAUAAUUGUACCUUUAAAGAGUGUCCAUUACAACCCCAAGUGCUUUCCAAACCCUGAGAUUUACGAUCCGGAAAGGUUUAGGGAGCAAGAUAUACCAUUGGCCUUUGGUAUGGGGCCCAGAGCUUGCAUCGGGAAAAGGUUUGCUCUGGUAAUGAUAAAGAUGGCACUGACAAAUAUACUGAAGAAUUUUAAAGUGGAAAGAAAUGCAGAAACAAGGGAGACAGUAACAAUUGACUCACUGCACAUUUUUAGACCAGAAAACUGCGUCAAUGUAAGAUUUACGCAUCUCAGUGAAACGUAG